AUGUCUGAGUCGCCGCCUCCACCCUCGUGGACUAUCGCCAGCAUGGCCAAUAGUGCCGUUCAGUUUCUGCGCCUGCCAGUUUUGGCCUCCUCUGGUCUCGCCGUGGUGGCCAGUGGUCUGUUGUACUUCAAGCAAAAAUCUAACCCCGUGCGCAGUGAGCUGAUCUAUCCUCGAAAUGUCCCUGUCGACGCCCGGACCCUUGUCCCCAAGCCACAGCAAUUCGGCAUCACAGAUUACGAAGAGCUCCAUCUUCCGACCCCGGACGGGGAAACACUACAUGCCCUCUUCAUUCGCCCUACACGGAAACGCAUCGCUCAAGACCUUACAGUGUUGAUGUUUCAUGGGAACGCGGGUAAUAUCGGCCAUCGCAUCCCCAUCGCCAAGAUACUUCAGGAAAUUCUUGGUUGCAAUGUGUUGAUGUUGGAGUAUCGCGGCUACGGCCUUUCGACUGGUACUCCAGAUGAGGCAGGAUUAAAGGUUGAUGCGCAAACCGGCUUGGAUUAUCUGCGACAAAGGGCCGAGACCAAGGAUAGCCAGAUCGUUGUAUAUGGACAGAGCCUGGGCGGAGCGGUCGCGAUUGACCUUGUGGCUAAGAACCAAGACAAGGGUGCAAUCGCUGGCAUGAUCCUCGAAAAUACCUUCCUGAGCAUUCGCAAAUUGAUUCCCACAGUCUUUCCACCCGCACGAUAUCUCGCUCGUUUAUGCCAUCAAUACUGGACUAGCGAAGAGGUAUUGCCUAAAAUCACGAAGGUGCCUAUUCUCUUCCUCAGCGGGCUGAAGGAUGAGAUUGUACCACCGUCCAACAUGACGCAGCUUUUCGCUGUCUGCAAGUCCAGCCGUAAAGUCUGGCGUACUCUUCCCAACGGUGGACACAAUGAUAGUGUCGCUGAGCCGGGGUAUUUCGAACACAUUCAUUCCUUUGUCAUGGAAGAGAUCGUACGACAUGAUUAG